AUGAAGCAGCUCGUGGGUCUAUAUUGCGAGAAGUUAUCACAAACCAACUUCUCCAACAACAAUGAUUUCCGCUCUUUCCUACAAUCCCUAUGUUCCACCUUUAAGGAGUUCAAGAUGCAUGAACAAAUAGAGAACGAGUAUAUAAUCAACCUGCUGCAGCAGCGCUGUUGCACUGUAUACAAUGUACACUCUGACAACAAGCUCUCAGAGAUGCUCUCUCUCUUUGAGAAAGGCCUACAGAAUGUGAAGAAUGAAUACGAGCAGCUGAACUACGCCCAACAACUAAAGGAGAGACUUGAAGCAUUCACUCAAGACUUUCUCCCUCACAUGAAAGAAGAAGAAGAGGUUUUUCAGCCCAUGCUCAUGGAGUACUUCUCAUAUGAGGAGCUCAAAGACAUAAAGAAGCAGGUGAUUGCCCAGCACAGCAGCCAGCAGCAGUGGGACAGCUCUGCAGAGGUUCUGAAGGGUCUGAGUCUGUGGAGCCAAGCGGAGGAGCUGCACAAGGCUUUCAAAUAUUCUGACCAUGAAAAAGCUGAUUAUGUGGACAGAAAUGCUCAGGCACACAUCUCCCAGCUGCCCACAGAGAUCAUGCUGAGGCUGUUCCGUUAUUUGGGCCCGGAGGAUCUGUGCCGCUGCAGCCAGGUGUGCAGGUCCUGGUCGGAACUUGCCAAGACGGGUUCACUUUGGAGGCAUCUCUACCCAGUCCGGUGGGCCAGAGGAGACUACUACAAUGGCCCACCUGCAGAUCAAGACCAGGAACCUGAUGAUGACUGGGUAAAGAGUUGCCAAAAGGAGGGUUUGGCCUACCAGGAGAGGGACGAGGAUGCAGAUGUGGAUGAGUCUGAUGUAUCGGGCCAAACGGAUAGUUAUAAAGCCAUCACUAAUGCUCAGAGGGAAAAGAAACUUCUGAACGACCUAAUCCACCAUCUUUUACCAGCUGUAGGAGGUUCAGUCAAGUCUAUUGUUUUGGCAUACAGCUCUACAGUCUCCAGUAAAAUGGUUCGUCAAAUCCUGAAUCUUUGCCCAAACAUAUCUCUCUUGGACUUGACACAGACAGAUGUAACUGAUUCUGCUUUUGAUAGCUGGUCUUUUUAUGGAGCCUGCCAUUCUCUGGAGCACCUAGACCUGUCUGGUUGUGAGAAGAUUUCUGACUACACUCUGAAGAAACUGUCUGAGCCUCCACCAGGCCAUGAGGAGGCGUCAGGCGUUCAUCUUCAAGCAGAGGAGCGGCCCGUCACAGGAGACGGAUGCUCAGGACUGGCUCUGUGCCGUAUUUACACCCUCAGUUUGUAUCUGCGGAUGUGCUCUGCGGUCACUCCACCUGCUGCAGCAUGUCUGCAGCAGGAAUACAGGACUGAACAUUCAAAACGCUCGCUGAGGUUUCUCAGUCUUUCUGGAUGUUACCAAGUCACAGACGCUGGGCUCAGGUCCCUAUCUCAGCGUGGGGGGCUCCCUGUACUGGAGCAUCUCAAUCUGUCUGGCUGCCUCUUCAUCACUGAGGUGGGGCUUCAAGAACUGGUGUCUGCUUGUCCUUCGCUGAAGGAUGAGCACUUCUAUUACUGCGACAAUAUCAACGGUCCUCUUGCUGACACAGCCAGCGGUUGCCAGAACCUCCAGUGUGGCUUCAGGGCAUGCUGCCGUUCUGGGGAGUGA